AUGAAGCUUUCCAAUCAGUCUGCCGUGCCAGUAUAUACUAUCGCCGGCUCAAACACAUCUCGACCACUUCCAGACUGGCUUGUUCGCAAAAGGAAACGCAGCUUGAAAAAUGAUCCCGAGUUCGCAAACCGCGUUGAGCUCCUUCAAGACUUCGAGUUUGAAGAAGCCAGCUCCUGUGUCCGAGUGAGCGAAGAUGGCGACUGGGUGAUGAGCACAGGAACUUACAAACCUCAAAUACACACGCAUUACCUCCCACAUCUAUCCCUCUCAUUCGCGCGGCACACCGACACACUAAACGACACCUUCGUCCUCCUAGGCUCCGACUACACGAAAUCUCUCCACCUCCAAACAAAUCGCUACCUUGAAUUCCACAACCCCGGAGGCUGCCACUAUGCGACUCGGAUACCACGCUACGGGAGAGGCCUGGUAUAUGAUCGACAGUCGGCAGAAGCUCUAGUUCCGGCUGUAGGGGUGAAUGCAGAAGGGAAUGGCGAAGUCUUUCGACUCAACCUCGAAGUGGGGCAAUUCAUGAAGGGCUACGAAGUGGAUGUAGGUGGCGAUGAUUUCACAUCUUCCGGCGGAGGUGCCCUACAAGGCGGAAUCAACGCCGGAAGCGUGAACGCAGCCGCAAUCGCCGAGGAGAGUCACAACCUGCUAGCAUUCGGCACAUCAUUAGGCACAGUUGAAUUCUGGGAUUCGCGAUCGAAGAGCAGGGUUGGGAUUCUAUCCGCACCACCUGGGAAUGCAUUCGAAGGCAGACCGGAGAUUACUGCACUGCAAUUUCAUCGCUCCGGCCUCGAACUCGCUGCAGGCUACUCGACGGGCCAGAUUCAAUUAUACGACCUCCGAUCCCCCGUACCCCUACAGAAGCGCGACCAAGGUUACGGCUACCCGAUACAAAAUCUCAUAUACCUAAAUCCCGGCAUUGCAACCCGCGCACAAUCCUCCGGACCAAAACUGCUCUCAGCCGACAAACGCGUCAUCAAAAUCUGGGAACCUAACGAAAAGCUCCCCUGGACCUCCGUCGAACCAGCUGUCGGCGUGGACCUGCACCACGUAGAAUGGUGUCGCGACAGCGGCAUGCUCCUAACCGCCAACGAAGGAAAGCAACAACACGCAUUCCUCAUCCCCCAGCUCGGCCCCGCUCCAAAAUGGUGUACGUUCCUCGACAACAUCGUCGAAGAGAUGGCCGAGGAUCCCGACGACCCGAACGCCUUCAGCAAAAACCAUACCGGCGAGGUCUACGACAACCUCAAGUUCCUCACGCUCCCGCAACUUUGCGCACUAAAGAUCGAUCAUCUGCUAGAAACGCACCCGGGAACUCUAAAACCAUACAUGCACGGCUACUUCAUCAAGCAACAACUCUACGAAGAAGCGCGCCUCGUCGCCAACCCCGAAGUGUGGCAAGAACAGCGCCAGAAAUCGAUCCAAGAGAAAAUCACCAAAGAGCGCGAAAGCCGGAUCCGGGGCCACAAGAAAGUCGCCGUCAAAGUCAACCGCAAACUCGCCGAGCGCAUCCUCGAGCGCCAAGAAAAGUCCGAACGGCGCAGCGCGAAGAAGCUCCUCGAAAGGCGCGGUGGCGGCGACACCGACGACCUCCCGCCUCCAAACGGCACCGCAGCAGAAUCGACAGCAGCCAUACCAAAGGGCCUCCUCGGCGACGCCCGCUUCGCCAGGCUCUUCGAGGACGAGGACUUCGAGGUCGACGAGAGCUCCCGCGAGUUCCAGUCCAUCAACCCCAGCACCACCGUCGCCGCCGCGCCGGCGAAACCAAAGGGCCUCACGGCCGUCGAGGAGGAGGAGCUCGCGGACCGCCGCGGCUCGAGCUCAGACGACUCGGAUGACGACAGCGAGGGCGAGCAACAGCCGCUGCCGAAGGAGAAGGACGACUGGCGCAUCUCGUCGGUGUCGUAUAAGCGGCAGCCGGCACGCCCGCAGCGGCCGAAAAUGGUGGUGUCGAGCUCGAAGCGGAAGCCGGCGCAGACGAGGGAUCGCUCGUUUGGGGAGCGCGCCGCGGGGUUUAAGGAGAAGAAGGUGAGUUAUAGUGGAGAUAGUAGAGGGGUUGUUGGGGAGCGGGAGAUUACGUUUGCGCCCGUCAAGGAGAAGAAGGAGAGGCCGAAGGGGAGGGAGGAGAGGAGUGAGAGAAGUGGGGGGCAGAGGCAUGAUCGGAAGGAUAGGAGGAGCGCGAGUGGGAAUGUGUUUAGGGGGAUGUGA